CGCGCCGGACCCUGCCGCGCGCCUGCGCUCCUUUCCACGUGCGAAAGCUUGCUCCUGACUCGUGGAGUCUGGGACGCCACAAACUCCUCGGAGCCGAGCAACUACAGCGCCCACCACCAUGAAGCCAGGCUUCAGCCCCCGUGGGGGAGGCCGAGGAGGCUUUGGUGACAGAGGCGGUCGAGGCGGAGGCCGAGGAGGCUUUGGCGGGGGUCGCGGGGGCUUUGGCGGAGGCCGUGGGGGCUUUGGUGGGGGGCGAGGGCGAGGUGGAGGCUUCCGGGGCCGAGGUGGCGGCGGCGGUGGAGGAAGAGGUGGAGGCUUCCAGGGUGGGGGCAACCGGGGUCGUGGCCGGGGAGGAAAGAAAGGAAACCAGUCCGGGAAGAAUGUGAUGGUGGAGCCCCAUCGACACGAGGGUGUCUUCAUUUGCCGCGGAAAGGAAGAUGCACUGGUCACCAAAAACCUGGUCCCUGGAGAAUCUGUUUAUGGAGAGAAGAGAGUCUCCAUCGCGGAGGGAGAUGACAAAAUUGAAUACCGAGCCUGGAACCCCUUCCGUUCCAAGCUGGCCGCAGCAAUCCUGGGUGGCGUGGACCAGAUCCAUAUCAAGCCCGGAGCCAAGGUGCUGUACCUUGGGGCCGCCUCAGGCACCACCGUCUCCCACGUCUCUGACAUCGUAGGCCCGGAUGGUCUGGUCUACGCGGUCGAGUUCUCCCACCGCUCUGGCCGGGACCUCAUUAACUUGGCCAAGAAGAGGACCAAUAUCAUUCCUGUGAUUGAGGACGCCCGGCACCCACACAAAUACCGCAUGCUCAUCGCAAUGGUAGAUGUGAUCUUUGCCGAUGUGGCCCAGCCAGAUCAAACCCGGAUUGUGGCCUUGAAUGCCCACACCUUCCUGCGGAAUGGAGGACACUUUGUGAUUUCCAUUAAGGCCAACUGCAUCGACUCCACUGCCUCGGCGGAGGCCGUAUUCGCCUCAGAGGUGAAGAAGAUGCAGCAGGAGAACAUGAAGCCCCAGGAGCAGCUGACCCUAGAGCCCUACGAGAGAGACCACGCGGUGGUGGUAGGCGUGUACAGGCCACCUCCCAAGGUGAAGAACUGAAGCUUCAGCUCCGGGUGGUUCUGCUCCGGGUGGUUCUGAGGAAUGUGCUGCUGCUGUUGCACGUGGGAUUGUUUUUCUAUUAAAAGACUCUUCUGA